UUUUCUUCUCUCCUCCCAGAGAGAGAGAUGAUCGGAGGAGUUGGGGCUCAGUGAACAGAACGAAGCGAUGGAGAGAUGCUCCAUCUCUCCUGUCAAACGACUGACCGCCCACCACUGCCUUUUCUUUCUCCUGGUUGCCGCGGUGACGCGACCCUCAACCUGUAACCGUGACGACGAGGGCGAGGGGCAGGUGGAGGCCUUCUCAGCCCAGCUGUCCAUCACAGGACAGGUCACACCCACCCCUAUUUGGUCCGUGGACUGGGGCCCCACACUAGCCCUGGAGGACGAGACGCAUCACUUCCUGUCCAGCCAGGAAGCGGACCUGUACCACCAUGGCCACGAAGUCCCCACGACAACCGCUGAGGCCUGGCUGCAUCAUCAGAGUGCACCGGGCAGCGUUUUACCCCAGGAGCCCCUGGAUCUGCUGGAGGCCCCGGACGCAGAGGGAGUGGAGGAUGGAGGAAGUGAGGCGGAGAGAGAGCCUGAGGAAGUGGACCCUCAGUUUUACGUCACAGUGACCAUCUCCUCUCUGCUCAUCCUGACUGCUGUCAUCAUAACAGCCAAACUCUGUUACGACCGCAGCUGUUCCCAGCACCCGCCCCCGCUUUCUCGUGGCGUGGCCCCCCCCCUCUCUCUCGCCCUCCCUCGUUCCCUGGCUCUGGAGGACAGCCGGCAGAUGCACGGCACCCCCUCCUUUACCGACAGGGAGAGUUCUCCUCGUUUCUCCUCUCCUUCUUGUCCUUUCUACCCCCCACUCCCGCUCCAGUUCUACUUUUCUCUCUUUCUUUCCCCUACUCUAGUUUUCGUACUUUUCUUUCACCUACUCCGAAUUCUUCCUACUCUAGUGUUAUAUAAUACUAAUAACGUAUUAUGUUCUAAUUCUAGAAGUGCUCUUUUCCCUCUCCUCCCUUUUCCAGUUCUACCCUUCUCCUGUCCCUUAACCCUUUUUCCAGUUCUACCCUUCUCCUGUCCCUUAACCCUUUUUCCAGUUCUACCCUUCUCCUGUCCCUUAACCCUUUUCCCAGUUCUACCCUUCUCCUGUCCCUUAACCCUUUUCCAGUUCUACCCUUCUCCUGUCCCUUCUCCUGUCCCUUAACCCUUUUUCCAGUUCUACCCUUCUCCUGUCCCUUCUCCUGUCCCUUAACCCUUUUCCAGUUCUAUCCUUCUCCUGUCCCUUAACCCUUUUUCCAGUUCUACCCUUCUCCUGUCCCUUCUCCUGUCCCUUAACCCUUUUCCAGUUCUACCCUUCUCCUGUCCCUUCACCCUUUUUCCAGUUCUACCCUUCUCCUGUCCCUUCUCCUGUCCCUUAACCCUUUUUCCAGUUCUACCCUUCUCCUGUCCCUUAACCCUUUUUCUAGUUCUAUCCUUCUCCUGUCCCUUAACCCUUUUUUCCAGUUCUACCCUUCUCCUGUCCCUUAACUCUUUUUCCAGUUCUACCCUUCUCCUGUCCCUUAACCCUUUUUCCAGUUCUACCCUUCUCCUGUCCCUUAACCCUUUUUUCAGUUCUACCCUUCUCCUGUCCCUUAACCCUUUUUCCAGUUCUACCCUUCUCCUGUCCCUUAACCCUUUUUUCAGUUCUACCCUUCUCCUGUCCCUUAACCCUUUUUUUCAGUUCUACCCUUCUCCUGUCCCUUAAUCUUUUUUCCAGUUCUACCCUUCUCCUGUCCCUUAACCUUUUUUCCAGUUCUACCCUUCUCCUGUCCCUUAACCCUUUUUUCAGUUCUACCCUUCUCCUGUCCCUUAACUCUUUUUCCAGUUCUACCCUUCUCCUGUCCCUUAACCCUUUUCCUCUGCCCUCCCCUCUCUCUCUCUCUCUCUCUCUCUCUCCGUCAGGAUCCCCGUGGUGAACCUCUGAGGCUUUUCUACGGGAUGCGACGGAGAACGUCAACACUGCCGGAGGGUGUGCCCGCCGUGGCCCACCGCGUUCUUCUAUUUAUCUUUGACUGUGAAAAUGAACAUCAGGAAACCAGGUAUCCAGACAUGGCAAAACCUCUUUUUCCCUCCAUCCCUUCUUCCUGACGGAGAAAAGCCCGAUCUCAUCACCUUCCUUCCUGCUGCCAUCCUCCUACGCCUCUUUUCUCCACUUUGCUAUGGCUCUCUGUCACUGUCGACCGACCGAGCCUUCCGCUCUGUUUUAUAUUCCGUUGUCUGUACUGCCCCGGGCUGUAGCAGCAACACACGUACAGCUCCCUCCGCUUUAUCCGCUUUGACUAAUUCACAAGCAAACAGUGUUAGAUACCAAUAGAACGUUUCAUUCCCGCCGGUGACAAAACCGCAUAGCUAUAUGGGGAAUAUUUUUGGAAUAUUCAUACAGCUAUCUUGUGUAGCUGAACCUUGAACUAUGAUGAAAUAGUGGACUUGGUUGUUGAAACUUAGUUGAACGUGAAAUAUGUGUGUUAUCUGAAACUGAAAUAUAGGUGUUCAGUCAGCUGGUGAAGGGUUAAAACAAUCCCUGUUUCCUAGGACUGAAGGGGGUAUUUCACAAAGCUGGUUGGCAAUGUUUUCGCCAGCAGGCAAUGUGCUUAACACGACACGGUCCAAAAAUCGCUGUUUACUCCCGCUUCGAAGCUUGGAAUGCAAAUAGGCCCACUGCAGCUUCCACAUUCGCAAUGUGUUUUCUGGGUGUUUUUUAUUCCCUAAAUUAUUCUCUUCAUUUGUUCCUUUAAUUUUCUCGCUUUUUUGCCGGUUCUCUUUGUUGUGCCUUUGUGAGCGUGUUAUUUUGUCUCUGGAGCAUGGGGAUGAGCAGUGUUUAUAUAGUACUGCUCUAUAUAGGGUUGUGAAAUUCUGUACUUUUCCCAAAACUCCCAGGUUUUCCAGCCAAUCUCAGUUGGAAGAUUCCUGGAAUUAGGAGGCAAGGAAAUACAGGAAUUUCCCAACUGGGAUUUCUGGAAAACCAGGGAACUUGCGGAAAGUUAUCCUUGUUGCAUAUGAAAAUAGUGGUGUAAACAAUGUGCAAUACAUGUUUGCAUAUAUUGCAAUCAGUACAAUCAAACGAUACAUGUGGUACAAUCAAUGGUGGUUGCAGGUUAACAUAAUGGGUAUAAAUGAUUCAGUCCAGAAUUAGUGAGUCAUAUUACCAUCAUCUGUUGUUUCUAUCAAAAAUCUUCACUGACUUCAAAGCUUACACUAGUGUUUACUGUAGGUAAACUUAGGGUAAUUUACCUGUCCAACUCUUCCACCAGCUUUGAGAAAUGACCCUCUGGACUUCCACUACACUAGUACACAUAGUGUUGUGACAUCAUACGUGACCCGUGUCGUUCUGCAGUCUAGUGUUCCUUGGUUCUCAGUAGCAUACCUGUAGACGUGUGGUUCCACUGUAUGAUGGAAAAACAAUAAAAACUCAACACUGGUGUUUUACCACGGUAUCCGACUGGACUUUACUGGCCAGUGGCUUUGGGUCAAGAUAGAAUUGACAAUGUGCAAGGGCCAGCCUUACAGGAGAGCAAUGGAUGUAUCUCAACUGGCCUGAGUUGCCUCCUUUCCUUCAUCCGUCCUAGGUUGAAGAUACCCAGGUUACGGCAACCUAAUAAUUCCACGAGGAGACUUAUGAAAAAAAGCAACAGAUUCAUGGGACAGGUGCUGUUGCUAACUAGCAUCCCUGAUCCCUUCGUUUAGAAUCCUACCUCAUUUAUGCAAAGACAUAUGGGAUAUUACAAUUAUUGUGUCUUAACCAUUAUCUCCAACCUAGCAUCUGUACUAAACUUUAUGAUGAGAAGAAGAGAGAUUGUCAUAAAAGAGACCAGGAAAUACACAUGGGAGCCAUGUGUUCUAAUUGUGUCAUUCAAAUCCAUUAACUGCGAGUUCCAUUUGGCUUCCAGUGCAGAUCAGAGCCAUGUAUUAAAAUAUAAAUAUAUGGCACUGGUGCAGUUGUACUUCCUGAUCAUGACAAUCUCUCUUCUCUAUUUUAUCCUAGGUCAGGUGAUGCUUGUCAGGUCUACACUACAUCAUCCUAAACUAAUGUGCUUUCGAAUCUGUAAUAAGAUACAGGAGUGCAAGCCACUUUACACUGUUGAGACAUACCCAUAGAAAAUCCUUCAUUUACUGGAAGUAUUAGAAUCUGCGGUGUGAGAGAGACAGAGGACAGUGUCUGCUGUUGCUUUUUCAUUUCCUCUGGGCAUUUUAAUGAUCAAUCAAAGUAAUUGAUUGGCUGAAGUCCACUCCAAAGUUAACU